CUAAGAGUCACUUAAGUUGAACAAAAUUACUGAACCCAAGGACAGGUUGAAUCUUCGGAAAAGUCUCGAUCAUGCCCCCCAGCGUGUUCUGCAUCCUAAUCUGGCGCCUAGCCGUGCAAUUUCUAUAUCCUUACGGAUACAUGGGCUGUUCGCUGCAGGAGGCGUUGGACAAUGAGCACCUGAUUUGGAGCAAGGGGGAUCGCUUGGAGGCGCAGAUGACGAUGCUGAUGAGGGACUCCUUGCGGACCACACUCAUGCUCGUGAUAGUGAUGGAGAUGAUGUCCUCGGUGAACGAGGCCUUGAAUAUUCGCCUUCCGAUGGUCUUGGCCAUCAGACUUUAGUCUCGGGGCCUGAACUCUGGCCCUGUUUAUUGCUCUCCCGCCAUCGGUUUAUAUGGGCCCCAUCAAAACAACAGAGCUCAAAUAAUUUCGUCUUGGGGUAGGACCGCCAUUGUGCCAACGUUCGUUCGUCGACGUCGGCCGUCGUCGCUGCCCAUUUAAUCAGUAAAUUGUAUUUUUAAAAAUGUUAUUAAACAAUAUUUGCCUUAGCAAAAGUGAGACGCUCGCAGUGCAAUAAACUUUUCAGCACUUGAGCCGUUCGCUCGACCGACUGAAUGACUGACUGAUUGACUGGAUGACUGAACGACCGACUGAUUGACCGAACGAAUGACUGACGUUGGGAUUUUUUCUUUGUUUUGACUUUAACUCGACGGAAACUCGUGAUUAUUUCGAUUUCGUGGAAGUGCGUUCUACGCGAAGGUUUCGAUAGGAAUUUUAUGCGUGGUAUAUGGGCUAUAAUAGUUCUGAUAACUGUUCUAUUGAUUCGACUGCGAAAUGCUUCUAUUGAUUACUUAAUCCCUCCUCAUUUGGAAUUUUUUCUGAAUUUACUAUUACUUCUGCGAAGUUAUAAGCUGAUUAGGAAAUGUAGAAGUAAUGUAACAUUAUAUAUGCACAUUUUCUGUUCAGAUUUUCUUUUAUAUAAUCCUUUUAUUUUUGUUAUCCUUAGAACAACAUUUAUUCGAACCAAGAAAAUGGUUUUUAAUAUUUAAUAAAAUCGGGUCGCCCAAGUAUAUUAUUUUCCCCCUAGGUUUUCUAACUUUUCUUAACACUAAGUUCGAUUUAUUGUAGCGCCUUUAAUGGUCUCCUCUGUCUCACACUUUAUUAAUGCCUAUAUCUGCGUUCACGAUCCCAUAAGCGAAUUUUCCGCUAUAUAGUCUGCGAGCGAGUUCAACGCUUUUAUGUUAUUUGCCAAAUGAAAAAGUAAAAACAAAUGUUUAUCUUAUAAUGCACUGGGUGGCAGUUCAGUGGAGUUCUGGCGACUCGCACACAUGGUGCGUAAAUAGGCUUUGCUUUUGGGCUUUACUUUUUCAUUUUAUGACCGUUUUUUUUCGAGUUGGCAAACUUUGUUAUCGUCAAAAAAAGAAACUCCCGGCGGAAUACGAAGGGGGGGCUUGUCACUUUUAGGUCGUGAAACUAUUUGCAGCUAGAAAUUGCCACCGCACGGUGACUAAGAGAAAGAGAGGGCCAGAUGUGUCCAGAAAGAGAGGGCCAGAUCGCCGGGGAGUUCAAGCGCCUCGCUCAAGGCAAUUGCUGUCUGCAGCUUAUCAGGGCAACUGGAACCACUCGAAGCAGCAAGUACGAAAAAGUGCUAAUUGUAAACCCCCCUUUUCAAAGGGGUUUUCUUUUCGUUACUCGAAAAUUAUAAUUCAUGCGUGCCAGCAGACGCCAAAGUUUCAACAGAACUCAGUCAAUCAUAACCAAAAAAAAAAACGAAAAAAGAAAUAGGUGCCCAAGAACACUCCUCUUCGGCCUGGGAGUUGUCUGCACCUUCGGUUUGGGGAGUGUUUAUGUUUGCCUCUGUCCAAGGGGAGAUCCCUCCAAGUGCGUGCCACUCCGCAUGCAACGCUGAGCAAGUGGCCACCAGUAGCCGAUUCGGAGUCAGAUCCAUGUCCAUGUCCAGAAGCCGAACCAUCAACACCCGCCUCAAUAAAAGUACAGGUAGCACUCGGAAGUUGCUCAGUACUUUAAGGGGAAAGAACGUUGAAUUAAAUUAUUUUUUAGGAGGUGAAAAAAAAUUUUGAUCGCUUUCUAUUCGGAAUUAACUACAAGGCAAUAAUAUCCAGUUGGUAAAACUUAAAGUGAUCCAAAAUCACCCAAUUUCAUAUACAUAUGUAGGAUUUUAACUUUUGUUAAAAUUACCAUGUCCAUGACCUGUCCAAA